UUUCCCUAUUUAUUAAACCUGUCCCUGUUUAAGUCGCCAGUGAUCACGACAAAUUUUCCCUUUAAGGAUGCUCAAAAAGUAAUUCUCCAGUACCGUUAUUUUUACGGAGGUCGAUAUAGCCCCAAAACGACUUUAUCUUUCGAACUUUGAUUCCAAACAUAAUGCCUUAAAGAUGGUAGAUUUUCGGGGCCUAUAGCCACUGAACUUAAACUGUUCGCUUGGUUAAAAAGAAUCACUUGUAUGCGACAUUAAAACCAAGACGGAUAGUUCUUUGGCCCGAGAAAACAGCCAACAUUGCGACGCUUCCACUGGUUUCCUUGCGAAAUGGUGUCUGAGGAAAGAGUGCAGAAAUUCCAUUGCAUACUGGUGACACGUCACUAACCAGAUCUGGGUAAAGCUUCUGAUUGGUCGUUCCGCGUGGGAAAUUUGCUUUAACCAAUCAGCGGCACUACACAGAUUAGGGUAGUGGACGCGUCAUCAGUAUGGAUUUUCCGCGCCCGUUUGUCAGAAGGAUUUUGGGAGCAAACCAUGAGGUGGCGUCCCCAAAAGUCGCGGGCUGUUUUCUCAGGCUAAUAAACUUUUAAAUUUUUUGUAGGUACAUAAUGGUGAAGAUUCACAAUUGCCUGGUGGAAAUCACCAACAAGACAAAUUUUCCUAUGUUGUAUGUGUCAGACUGGUACGAUAGCGGACGAGUCGCUGAUGGUUACAGCUGGCCGAAAACAAUUAACGCAGGCGACCAUCAAAAGGUCCUCAACUAUGAAAGAGACUGGGCAUGGGCAGGAUGUUCAGGGUACGUUACCUAUAGGAUGAAUGACACCGACGUCACCAUUGCUUUCUCCAAUCCAGAUAUAGGAAGAAACAAGCUUGGAGUGGGCACCGAUGGAAAGAAGGUGUGGGAUGAUAUGGGCAACCAUGAUUACAACGAGUUUUCCGAAGAAAUAACUUGCCCUGACAAGGUGAUUAUAUCAUGCAGCUGCAAGUGCACCGGCGGAGACACUAACAGUUGUAGUGUCUACCUGGUACAAAAAUGAAUUAAGAAGAUACAACAGAAUGCGAGCGGUCUAUUGAAGAAUGCGAGAGUGGAACCCCUCAACAAAGAAUUUGCAAUCAUUUUAAACUUGCUGUUAUAUGAUUUUAUAGAUAGAUUUUAUAAGGUACAAUCUUUUCACUAAAUAUAGUUUCGAUGCUUUUUCAUCAUUUUUAUCAACUUAAUGAAGAUUAGCUGUAGAUGUGGAUCCCAUAAUAGACCUUGUCACGGUUUUCGACGCCAUCUUGACGAGUAGGCAAACGCGUGAAAAAUUACAGUGUUUGUAUGAGAAUCUAGUGUCGAAUAAUUUCCGUAGAACGGCUGUUCUGACAAAAAUAUGAUUUGUAAACUAGAGCUUCUCUCCUAAGAAUUCUUCUGAAAAAAAUUGAGUCCGUUACAUGCUCUAGAAGACCUAGAACCACUUCUUUAAAUUUUCUAUACAUUUGUCUGUAAGAAAGUCCCGGGAAAAUUACAGACAAAUAUAUGGAAAAUCUAAAGCAAGCUUCUGGAGACAUCUAGGAACAGGUACGCCCCAUCAAUUUUUUUUAGGACAAUCCUUUGCUUUGUAGCUUUAGUUUACAAUUGAUAUUUUUUUCAGAACAGCC